AUGAGCGAUUUACCAUUAUUGGGCUCGUCAGCCCACGGCUCUCCUAGAACCAUGUGGUCGAAAUUCCUCAAUGCCAGUAAAUUAACCUUGAAAUCAUCGCCGGUCAACUAUUUAUUAAUCUUUGUUCCCCUUGGUCUAUUAGCUGAUCAGUUAGAUUGGAGCGCCAAUGCCAGAUUCUGGCUCAAUUUCUUGGCCAUUGUGCCGCUAGCAUCGAUCCUAGCUUUCGCCACCGAGGAGAUUAGUGAUUAUGUCGGACAAACCAUGGGAGGAUUUUUAAAUGCAACCUUUGGCAAUGCCGUAGAAUUGAUUGUGUCCAUUAUAGCGCUCAAGGAAAACCAAGUUCGUAUUGUUCAAGCGUCAAUGUUGGGGUCGAUAUUGAGCAACUUGUUGUUGGUCUUGGGGUGCUGCUUUGUUGCUGGUGGUAUUACUCGUGUCCAGCAAAGUUUCAACCAAACCGUGGCUCAGACCAUGUCGAGUUUAAUGGCAUUGGCCACGGCGUCGUUAUUAAUCCCGGCCGCGUUCCAUGCUUCAUUACCUUCUCCUAAAAAGGGCAACGGUUCCAAUCCAGAUAGCGACCACUUGGUGCUUGAAUUGUCGCGCGGCGUUUCAAUCAUCUUAUUGGUUGUUUACUUACUCUACUUGUUGUUUUCCUUAAAGACCCACAGUUCCUUGUUUGAAGAAGUCAAUUCGAGCCCCGAAGGCGGCGCGAUUGAAAAUGGCGCAAACUUGGGGCAACAUGGCUCGCACGACGACGACGAUAUAAUCACUGCUAGCAACAACAACAACAACGGCGGCAGCAACUUGAAGCAUAAUCUGGUUGACAAGUUGUCCGUUUGGGGAGGGUUGAUCGUGUUGGUGAUAUCAACGAUUCUAGUGUCGUUUUCAGCCGACAUCUUGGUGGGUUCCAUCGAUGAAAUUGUGGAAACGUCGGGUCUUUCAAAGACAUUUAUUGGUUUAAUCGUCAUCCCCAUUGUGGGCAAUGCCGCCGAACACGUCACGGCGAUAAUCGUCGCCAUGAAGGACAAGAUGGACUUGGCCAUCGGAGUCGCCGUCGGUUCGUCUUUGCAAAUUGCCAUUUUCGUCACGCCAUUUAUGGUGUUGGUUGGCUGGAUCAUCGAUGUGCCCAUGUCGCUUUAUUUCUCGACUUUUGAAACUGCCAUAUUGUUUGUUUCGGUAUUCAUUACAAACUUGGUCAUCUUGGACGGUGAAAGCAACUGGCUUGAAGGUGCCAUGUUGUUGAGUACUUAUUUAAUCAUUGCCUUGUCUUUUUUCUACUACCCUGACUCGGCUGGUUUGUAG